GCAUUGAUUCGCGCUGGCAGAGAGCGAGAGCUUGAACAGACCGAGGGUAAGAGAGAGAGCAGCAGCCUGGGCCCACGGACAAAAACUCGCCGAAAAGGAUUAACAUUCGCUACGGAUCGUCCCACCAAUCCAAGUCUGCAAACAGAGUGUGUUUUUCUGCUUUCCUAAAGCCCGAUCUGUCAGGAGUUACAGCAAGUGGGACUCGAUGAAAGAUGACAGAGGAGGUGAUUGUUAUAGCCAAGUGGGACUACACAGCUCAGCAAGACCAGGAACUGGACAUCCGGAAGAACGAGCGCCUGUGGUUGCUGGAUGAUUCCAAGACCUGGUGGAGAGUCCGCAACGCAUCCAACCGCACCGGCUACGUCCCCUCUAAUUAUGUUGAGCGCAAAAACAGUCUGAAGAAAACCUCACUAGUGAAGAACCUGAAAGACACUCUCGGCCUUGGAAAAAUGAAAAGGAAGACUAGUGCUCGUGAUCCAUCUCCCACACCCAGCACAGAGGCAGAGUACCCGUCCAAUGGCAGCGCAGGAGGAGGUGGAGUGGGCGGGGCUGAGCGGAUCUAUGACCUCAACAUUCCCGCACUGGUGAAGUUUUCUUAUGCAGCUGAGCGUGAAGAUGAACUCAACCUAAUAAAAGGGGAGAGGGUGGUCGUGAUGGAGAAGUGCAGCGAUGGCUGGUGGAGGGGUAGCCAUGCCGGCCGCGUCGGUUGGUUCCCGUCCAACUACGUCCAAGAGGAGGUGGGAUACACAGACCAUGAUAGCGUCUUUGGGGACUCGUUGGGGGGCUUCCGGUCCUUAAAACUGGGGCAAGGUGCGGCGAUGGCCAACGGCCGGCCGGGAGGCUCUGGGAGCUCCGUUCUGCAUAUGGUCCAGACUCUGUACCCCUUCAGCUCUGUCACAGAGGAGGAACUGAACUUUGAGAAGGGGGAGACGAUGGAAGUUUUGGAAAAGCCAGAGAAUGACCCAGAGUGGUGGAGGUGUAAAAACAGUCAUGGCAUGGUCGGUCUUGUGCCCAAGAACUAUGUGGUAGUGCUCAGUGAUGGUCCUAUAGCGAAGGGUUUAGGGUCAAGUCACGGCUCCCCUCACAUCAGUCACACAGUUCCCUCACGUACAGGCAAAUUUGCUGGAAAGGAUUGGUACUAUGGUAAUGUGACACGGCACCAAGCUGAGUGUGCACUUAAUGAGAGAGGAGUGGAAGGAGACUUUCUGAUACGGGACAGUGAGUCAUCGCCCAGCGAUUUCUCAAUUUCUCUGAAGGCUGUGGAGAAGAACAAGCACUUCAAGGUGCAGCUGCAGGACGGAGUGUACUGCAUCGGUCAGCGGCGUUUUAGCAGUAUGGAUGAGCUUGUAGAGCACUACAAGAAAGCACCCAUCUUCACCAGUGAGCAAGGAGACAAACUCUAUCUCGUCAAGCCCCUUGCCUGAAUUUGUCAGACGUUACCUCUCCCCCUGUGCAUCUCCGUUCCCUUCUUACCUUAUUUUGUCUCUUGCCCCUUUCAGAAGCAACUUCAAGGACCAUUUGACUUUUCUAAGCCCAACAUUGCCUCCAGUCCUGUUGGGAGCAGUAGCAACUUAUCAUUCUUUUAAACAGAUGUCCGUCCUUGAUAUACAUGCCGUGUUUCUUGUUUUUGUUUUAAUGAUUUACAGUCACUUCGGAGGUUUUGGUAAAGGACAAACAGAACGGCAUUUCACUGAGCAACAUCUGUAGAGCUCUCUCCCAGGUUUUGGACAGCUGUUCCUCUGCUCUUCCUGUUGCUGGAUUAUCCUCAACCCACAUAACAUUGGUUUACAUUUCUCUGCCCAAAAGAGCAUUACAGUAUGUAAAUGUGUACUUCUUGUACUGAAUUGGCGGAGGAGAAUAGAUUCAUGUGCAUGUGUGAACCUCGAUCCUUCGAAGCAGGUGAGCAUAUGAAGAAUGAGGAGUGUGAUUUGGUUUCCAACAGAUGGUGUCUCCAUUCAUAGGGCUCAUCCGAAGGCCGUGUAUCUUCUCUGUAUGUUCACACUGCAGCUGCCUGUCUGUCUUAAUCUGAAUCCAAACUGAUAAUUGAGAUGACAGUCAGAUUUCAUCCUGAAAUAAAGUGGUGCUGUCCCAUC